UGCGUGUGCGCGGAGCGUCUGAACCUCUUCCUCGGGCGAUAUUUGGAUUUCGCACCUGCGACGGGACACGCACGUUCAAACGCGCGUGUGCCGUUAUCGAUACGGCUCACAGAAACCGGAAAGCGUCAACCCUUAGAAGGUUAGGUUGACUGGAAGCGUCCGUCUACACGCGCCGACCGCGUCCUGGAUCGCAAACUCUCGUCACAGACGCGCCAGUCCGCCGCCGCUGACUCCCAACCGGAGAUAUUCAUCACUAAGAUCUUUGUUUCGAGUUUACUGUGAUCCAGACCAGUAUGGACUGUGGUACCGCGGAGCCGGGUAUAGCGCCGGCCAGCGGAGAUGGUCCUGACGUCCCUCAGCCAAACCCGGAGGAGAGACCCGAACCAGAGCAGACGGGGGCGGAGCCAGAGAUUGUGAAGGUGGAGCCAGAGAGAACAGGGGAGGAGCCAGAGAGGACAGGGGAGGAGCUUGACGCUCAUAUGGACGGCUGGGGGGUAGAGAAGGGUGUCAACACAGACGAGGAUUGGGAAGCGCAGGUGAUGGCCAUGUGGGAGCACAGCACCCAGCUAGCUGAGCAGCAUGCCAAGCUGCUAGAGGAACAGGGAAAGGAGGAGGCGGAGCAUCAAAAACACGUGCAGCAACUGGAAAAGAAGAAGGAGGAGAAAAUCCACCAGCAUCAAACUCUUCUGGACAAACUGGAGUCUGUUCGUGUCAAGAUGCAACUAAACGACUCCAAGGCCACCAGGAGGAAGUUCUUGGCCAAGAAAGAUGAAAUGACAACGGAGAAGAACAGAGCGGAAGAAGCAAGGAACAGAUUGGCCAAAGAGCUGGAGGAGGGCGAGAGGAAGAUGGCGCUACUCCUGGAGGAGAAUGCGCAGGAGCAGCAGCUCUGGGGGAAGGAGCUGGGUGACCUGAGGGCGGUGCUGCAGCAUGCCAAGAAGGAGGCUGAAGCGGCAGAGAGGAAAGCCCUCCAGGACGAGAUGGCGGCCGUGGAGACGCAGCGAGAUGUCAUCACGGUGCACAUAGAGGCCUGGCUGAAGGAGGUGGAGCAGUACCUGAGUGUCCUGAGGAUGGACCCAGCUCAGCUGCACCGAAAUCGAAGGAGGGAGUGGGAGAAACGGGAGAGUCUGGUCCGGAAGAACAAGGCUGAGCUCCAGAAGCGCUUCCAGGAAGUCCUCCAGCAGCUCCAACAGGGCCACGAGCUACAGAGCCUCCCCAACAUCCAGGCACCAUUUCUACCGCCAGUACCGAUGGUGGACCUGUACAUCAACCAGAUAAUGCUGUCGCUGAGCCAGCCUGCUUUUCCGCCUCCUCCUCUUCCUCCUCCCCCCAGUGCCUCCAACCUACUGCUCCCCCAGCACCAACCACAAACUCUCCUCAGAGGUCCUCUCAGGUCAACACCUCCACCUAACCCCUCCCCCUCCCCUUCUGUCACAGCCCGCCACACUAUACCUCCAACCUCCUCCCUCCCCUCAGUCCUCUCCUCUGCCCCCUCUCACCACACCGCCACUACCACCGCCUCCACUCAUCUUCUCAAUCCCGCUCAGCCCCCUGCCCCCGCCAUCACCUCUACCGGCAAGCUGGACAAACUGCUGGACAAGCUGGGGACCAAGUUCCCACAAUGCACCAGGACCCAGCUGAUGUUGGUGUUGCAGCAGAUAAAGAGUUCUCGCGGCACCAUGGCUGGUCUGUCUAUCGAGGAGGUCACCGAGCAGGUGGGCCUCAAACUGGCCCAGAGUGACCUGCCGGCCCCGGGCCCCAUCAGCCAGCCCACUCCCGCCCCUGCUGCUUCCCGGGCCUUUCCUAGACCACACGCCCCGUUCCACCCACCCCUUGGCCCCAUUCAGGGAACCACACAUCUCCCACAGCGGGCGCCGACAACACAGGCGUUCAGCAGGAAGUUGUGCCUUAUGUGUCAGAACCAUGUGCAGUCUGACAGCCAGUACCCACUGGUCUGCUCCCACAUCAUCCAUAAGGAGUGCAUCAGUGUGUGGCUGCAGACCAGCAGGAACCACCCCUGCCCUUUCUGCUCCUCCAAGUGAAGCUUGCACCACAGGAGGCGGGGCUGCAUUGCUGUGACAAUGCUCAGAGAGGGGUGGGUCUUGAAUCAGACAAGUUCAGUUAAUUCCAUGAUCGGCUCUGAUGAGCUGAGAGUCAUGGGAAGGUCUGAGUCUCUGGACAAGAGACGAGGCAAAUUCAGGCAAUGGAAAACAUCAACACUGUAUAAACUGUUAAGCGGAAGGCCUUGAUUUUGGUUUUUGGUUUUCUUGGCCAGUUUCGGUGAGCACUUUCAAUUUUCCCACUGUGACAAAUUGUUUUUGAAAUGAAAUAAAAAUAUAUUUUGA